ACGGCAAGAACCCGGGCAACGGGGCGUCCGCGGCGUCCGAGCCCGUCGCCAGCUUCGUGGACCCGCCGGUCAACCUCCAGGCGGAGGCGUUCUACGACGACAGCCGGCCAUUCGUGGCCCUGUCGUGGCAGUCCUCGAACACGGAGUGGCUCCGGAAGGUGAUGGGCAGCGAGGCCGGCCAGGCCGGCUCCGGGAACCCUUUUGAGGCGCUGCCUGGGCUGCUGCCCACCAGGGUGCAGGUGCGCUGGCGGCCGACGCGGGUGCUGCGGUCGGACGGGUCGUUGCCCUCAGAGCUGCCCGGCGAGGUGGUCUCGCCCGCCUUCGACAGCCUCGUGGGCGGCGGUGCGUCCUUCCGCUCCGCGGACGAGACCUGGACGCUGGACUACCGCGGAGCGCUCCAGGGCGUGGCCGCGCGCUUCUCUGUGCGCAUGGGCACGCGCCACCGGUGGUCGCCCUGGUCGGACGAGACGCCCGAGGUCCAGGUGGAGGUCCCCGAGCCGAAGCCCCUGGGCUUGGCGGCCGGCCGGCAGUCCGAGGAGGUGUCCUUGCGCUCGCUGGGCGACCGCGAGGCCACGAUCGUCUGGCCGCCGUUCAGCACCGAGGGCACCCUCUCCGAGGUGGAGUAUCGCGUGAUGGUCUGCCCUGUGGAUGGCAGGGCCAGCGCUCCCGACUGGGAGUCGCGCGGCUCCCUGGCGGCCAUCCUGCACGACGCGCUGUCGAACGAGCUCUCCACCGUGGUGCGUGGUCUGCAGCCGAACACCUGGUACGUGGUUCGCGUCGACACGCGGUACUCCUUCGUCGGCAACCGUGCCUAUUCUGUCAGCAAGGCUGUCUCUGCGCCGUUUCUCACCAAGUUCCCUGGCCGCCCGCCGCUGUCGCCCCAGCCCGUCGCCGACGGCGUGGCCUUCGCGGCGGAGCCGCAGCCCGUCGCAGGCGCCUCUCCGCCGAGGGAGGCGCCCGUCACUCCGCCCAGGGAGGCCGCGGACCGUCCGCAGGGUGCGCCGGAUGAAGAGGCGGAAGAGGGCGCCCUGGAGGAAGAGGCGCCGUAUUCGUACGACUGGUCCAAGCUGCCGUGGGUUGCGCUGCGCGUGGAGAGCUCCCACCUUGCAGACUACGCCAUAGAGUACAAGGAGGCCGGCGCAGCGGGCAGGGAGGCCUGCGAUGGACACUUCGAGGGCUGGCGCAGCCCAGAGGUCGUGGAGGUGGCAGGGGAGAGCGACGAGGCGGUCCAGGUCAGUACGCCCCGGGGCGAUGCCGCGGACGGCCGCUGGCAGAUCGUUCGCAUCGGGCUCGGCGCGGCAGCUCCAGAGGCCGUGGUGUGCCGGCUUGUCAGCAAGACGCCCCUCGCUGACGUCUCGCCCCUGAAGUG